UCUUUGCUAAAUUCCUCCGGCACGCUAUUCGUAUUACUGUGGGAAAUCCGUGUGUGAUGUUCAGGGACGAAAGCGAGCAGAAGAAAUAAAAGAAAAAGAAAAGGAGAGAGAGAGAGAGAAGGCAGUGAGGAGAAGUGCCGGUAACAAAGAGCCUCCUCCCCAGAUUACCUGGCCAAUGCAGUGAGGUGUCUAACGGCCUCUGGGUAGGCCAUUAAUUAGUGUAUCUUGGAGAAGAAGAGCAUUCACUUGGGGGAAGAGAAGAGUUUUACACAGAUGAUGGCCUCCGAUAACGGCACGAAUCAAAGAAUGGCACCCAUUAAACAAGAGGACAGCGAUUGGGGCUCGCCAGAUGAUUUGUGUUCGAAGGGGGAAACUUGUGAAGGAAAGAUUUCCGUUUUUAAGGACGAGGAGUGCAACGCGGAGACGGGUGAAAUUAAAGCUGAGGAUUCUGGAGAUUUCUCAGGGAGUCUUGAACUGCAGCACCUCGAAAUGGGAAGUGAUGUCAAGCAAGAGUUUUCUGUAGGAUCUCGAUCCAUUUUACAGCAUUGGGCUACUAAUACGGAACAACUGGCCACUACCCAGCAAAAUUCAAUGGAGCCGAAAUCGGAGUUUUCUGAGUUGGAGAAGAAAGCCAAUGAAGGAUGCGGGAGAGAAGAAGAGCAGAAGCCACCUGGGAGUGUUGGAAUAAAUUUCCAGGAGACCAGCAGCUUCUCCCCAUCUUCAUUUGGUCAGAAAACACAUCAUUGCAGCCUGCAACAGAAACAGGAGCAGGAGAUGAAGAAAUCAUCAACAGGAUCCGAGAAUUUGAUAGCAGCCUCUUUACCUUGCAGUUCUCUUCCUGCUGCCAAACUGACACAGACAGAAGCCAUCAACAGUGACCAGCAAGCAGUACAUAAUGCGCACCAAGAAGCCCUGCAUGCCAACGAGAAGAAUGGAAAAACAUUUACAAACAACUCUGACUGUAAAGAUAAAUUGAUCCAUACAGUUCAAAAGCUGCAUGCCUGCUCUGAAUGUGGUAAAGUGUUUUCACACAGAAACAGUCUACACAGGCAUAAAAAAAUUCACACUGGAGAAAAGCCCCACUGCUGCCCAGAGUGUGGCAAACGAUUCCCCCGUAACAGUGCUCUUCAGCGGCACACACGCGUUCAUACUGGAGAGAAGCCAUUUGGCUGUGCCGAAUGUGGCAAAAGAUUUUCAGAUAACAGCAGUCUUCAAAAUCAUAUAAAAAUUCACACUGGAGAAAAACCUUAUUGCUGUCCUGAAUGUGGUAAAGAAUUCUCAGUUUUAAAUACUUUUCAUAUCCACUUGAGAAUUCACAGUGGAGAGAAGCCUUAUUGUUGCAGUGAAUGUGGCAAACGGUUCAUACGAGGAAGCGGCCUACGGAGCCACAUCAGAAUUCACACUGGAGUGAAACCUCACUGCUGUUCAGAAUGUGGCAAACGAUUCUCUCAUGGUAGCACACUUCUGAGGCAUAUACGCAUUCACACUAGAGAAAAGCCACAUGUCUGUUCUCAGUGCGGUAAAGGAUUCACUGACAGUCGCAAUCUUCAGAGGCACACACAAAUUCACACUGGAGAAAAGCCGUAUGUCUGUUCUGAAUGUGGUAAAGGAUUCCCUGACAGUCGCAAUCUCCGGCAGCAUGUACGAAUUCACACUACAACAAAGCCAUAUAGCUGUUCUGAAUGUGGUAAAGGAUUCUCCGUUUUAAGUACUUUUCAUAUCCACUUGAGAAUUCACAGUGGAGAGAAGCCUUAUGGUUGCAAUGAAUGUGGCAAACGAUUCAUACGAGAAAGUGGCCUACAGAGUCACAUCAGAAUUCACACUGGAGAGAAACCUCACUGUUGUUCAGAGUGCGGCAAAAGAUUCUCUCAUGCUAGCACACUUCAGAGGCACACACGCAUUCACACUGGAGAAAAGCCCUAUGUGUGUUCUGAAUGUGGUAAACGAUUCAAUGACAUUGGCAAUCUUCGGCAACACACUCGAAUUCACACUACAGCAAAGCCAUAUUGCUGUUCUGUAUGCAGUAAACGAUUCACUAAUACUAGUGCUCUUCAGAGCCACACACGGUUUCACACUAGAGAAAAAAAAAAACAUAUUGCUAGAAGAGCAGACAAUUGGACGGGAGAGAAGAGUUUUACACCAGGCAUGGCCUCAGCCGAAGAUAAUGACUGGGGUAAAAGACUGGCACACAUUAAAAAAGAGGACUGUGAGUGGGCUGCACCAGACAAUUUGUGCAUGAAGCUGGAGGAUCUUGAAGGAACGAUUUCAGUUUUUAAAAAGGAGUCCUCCAAGGAGAAGACUGUUGACAUUAAAGUUGAGGAUUUGGAAGAUUUCUCGGUGAGCCCAGAACUGCAAAACCAUGAAACUGAGAAGGUUUUCAAACAAGAGGAUUGUGAAGAGUUUCAUUCCAGUGUACAGCAUUGGGUUGUUACGCACACGGGGCAACUGGCCUCCCAGCAGAAUUCAAUGAAACUGAAAUCUGAGUUUGAGGAGAAGGUCAAAAGGGGAAACAGGAGAGAAGCAGAUGAGUCAUCCGGGAGUGUGGGAACAAACUUCCAAGGAAAUGGCAGCUUCUCAACGUCUUCAUCUGCUCAGUCUUUUCUUCAUUGCACAAUGCAGGAGAAACAGGAUAAUGGGAAGAUGAAGAAACCAACAAGAGGAUUAGAGAAUAUGACUGUGGCCUCUUUGCAGUAUGGUACUUACCUUGCUGGCAAACUAACAGAAACAGGAGUCAUCAGUACUGACGAACAACAUGUAUAUCAUUCAAAUCAAGAGUUUUUACAUCCCAUCCAAGGUUGUGGAGAAACAUUUGAUAACAAAUCUGACUGUAAAGAUCAUGAGCUGGUCCACAGAACACUAAGUCCAUAUUCUUGUUCUGAAUUUGUAAAAAGAUUUCUUCAUAACAGCAGUCUUCAGGCACAAAUAAGUAUUCAUACCGGAGAAAAAACUCAUUGCUGUUCUGAAUGUGGCAAACGAUUUUCUGACAGUUACAAUCUCCAAAGGCACACAAGAAUUCAUACUGGAGAAAAGCCCUAUGCCUGUGUUGAAUGCGGAAAACGAUUCACUGUCAGUAGCCAACUUCUGUGCCACACAAGGAUUCAUACUGGAGAGAGGCCAUAUGGCUGUUCUGAAUGUGGUAAAAGAUUCUACUACAGUAGCCACCUUCAGAGACACACACAAAUUCAUACUGGAGAGAAGCCGUUUAGCUGUCCUGAAUGUGGUAAAAGAUUUUACUACAGUAGCCAUCUUCAGAACCACAUCAGAAUUCAUACUGGAGAGAAGCCUUAUUGCUGCUCUGAAUGUGGCAAAAGAUUUUCUGAAUUUUCCAGUCUCCAUAGACAUGCAAGAAUCCAUACUGGAGAGAAACCAUUUGGCUGUUCGGAGUGUGGCAAACGAUUCUCUCGCAACAGCAGACUUCAGAACCACUUAAGAAUUCACACUGGAGAGAAACCCUAUGUAUGCCCUGAAUGUGGCAAACAGUUCAGCAACAGUGGCAGUCUUCAUUCUCACAAAAGAACUCAUGCUGGAGAGAAGCCAUAUGUCUGUCCCGAAUGUGGCAAAAAUUUCAGCAACAGCAGCAGUCUUCAGUCUCACAAAAGAAUUCAUGCUGGGGAGAAGCCAUAUGUCUGUCAUGAAUGUGGUAAAAAGUUCAGUCACAGUAGCUCCCUUCAGAGGCAUACACAAAUUCAUACUGGAGAGAAGCCCUUCAAUUGUUCUAAAUGUGAUAAACGAUUCUCUCAAAGCAGUGCUCUUCAGAGGCACAUACAGAUUCACACAGGAGAGAAGCCAUAUAGCUGUUCGGAAUGCUGUAAAAGAUUCUAUCACAGUAGCUCUCUUCAGAGGCACACACAGAUUCAUACUGGGGAGAAGCCAUAUGUCUGUUCAGAAUGUGGCAAAAGAUUCUAUCACAGUAGUUCUCUUCAGCGGCACACACAAAUUCAUGCUUGAGAGAGAGGCCAUGAUGCUCUUCACAAUGUGGCAAACGCUUCUCCCAUAACAGCAGUGUUCAGAAUUGUAUAAGCAUAUCAUUAAGGAGUUGUGAAUGUGAGAGAAGGGUUUCCCAUGACAGCAUACUUCAUAAUCAUUAAAAAUGCACACUGAAGAAAAAUCUUACUGUUGUUGUAAAUAUGGUAACCUUAAAAAGAAAUGACUAAGAAACUGCAUGUUGCCAGUGUUAGGUUGUAGUAGAAUAUAGUGUUGGAGUGAUACUGAAAUGUUGGCUUCAACACCAAUAGUAAAACAGUACCGAAGCAAACAAGGGAUAACUUGGAAUUUUUCACAAAGUACAAAUUUAACAUGUCCUUCCAAAAAAAAAAAUAUUUGCAACAAUGAACACUGUCUGUACUAACAGAAUAGCAAUGUGUUUUAAUUAUUUUAAACAGGGAUUAGAAACAUUGCAUGCAAUCAAAACAGAAAGCUUAGAAGAACCUCAUUUUUCACUGAACAUAACAAACUGGAAGCCAAAAAAAAAAUAAAAAUC